CACACACACACACACACACACACACACACACACAUGCACAUGCAUGCGUGUACACUUCAGCACCCAACACUUUUCUCCCUCUCCAGUCUUCUCACUUUCAACGCUUUUGUUUUCGUGGGCACAGGUAAAUAAAACUGACACGGCUGCUUAGCUCACCGAUAGCAUGCUCUUCAAGCUCUAAGACAUUCAACACCCUAUCACCUCUUUCUUUUGAUCGGCCCGCAAACACCUUGUGAUUUCUCUCCGAAUUGUGAUCGAUCAGUAGGGGAACAUCGAAAUCGAUUUCUUCGACCCGGCUUGACGGCGUUUCAAUCACUGCCUUGUGUUACCAAAGUGAAAGCAUGGAAGGCCCAGCCUUCAAGCAAACAAGAGGGUGCGUCUUAAAGCUCCUAGCCUGGUGCUAGGGAGACCGAGAGGGGGGGCAGAGGUAGAGAGAGAGACUCUCUAUUGACGGCGCGGGGCCAUUCAGACCGCUAAACUAGCACUAAAGAAUAUGCCAGUACCAGAAUAGCACUUUAAAAAAGAGAAGGUUGUAAAGGGAGAGGAAAGUGUCAGUGACGAUUUCUUUUGGGGAUUCUUCGUAUCUCCAGUUGUGACGCCAUAUUUAUUUCCACUGACGCUAAGGAUUGUGGGUAUGUCUUGAACUUAGAAGAGUUUCCUGAUUGUCACAGACUCUGUGUUAGAGAACGCUACCGUAAACCCAUGAACCUAAAACAAUAGUAGUUUCUGGCAAAAAUGCGUCCAAAAUGGCCGAUAAAAUGAUCGACAGUUUUGUGGGAGAAGGGUUUAGACGAUUCUGAGUGAAGUGUUUGCUGUGAACAACAGUCCUACGUUGGUGUGUAGGUCUAGCGAGCUGUGUUGAAGGGAAGACAACCCCCCGGCCGUUGCCAGGCACAAGACAAGACGAGCAGACGACAAGAUGGCGACCGACACAGAGAGCAUGCACGAGAACAUGACCAGGCUUCGGAUGAGGAUGGUGCAACAGCAAGAACAGCAGGAAGAUAAACGACCAAAGACCUACACACCGCGUCGCCGAUACACACCAUCCCCUCUCCCCCCACCCACUCGCCGGUCACUCCCUGACCUUAACGCAAGGACAUAUCAUUUCAACCACAUUAGUGGCGGAAAUCCAGACAUGUCUCAAGUGAAGCACGUGAUAGAACAUCAGUUCCGCCCAGCCCCCGCACAGCAACAGAGCUACCUGCCUCCCAUACAAACACAGGCCUUGCCCGCUCUGACCGCAGUACAGCCGGUGACCCCCGCCGAGGUGGUCCCUUACCAACCAGUGACGGCCGUGCCAACCUACCCCAUGCUCAGUGUCGGAGGAGGAGGAGGAGACAAGAGGAAGGACACCAUGUUCAACAAAUCAGAUUUCAUGGACAUGAUGAUGCUGCAGAAUGCCCAGAUGCACCACAUGGUCAUGCAGCAGAUGAUGCUGCAUCAGCUUCCAGGCGGAUCGCGGCCCGCCACUUACCCCAUGGCUGAGCCCAUGGUCCCCGUUCCCAUGGCACGACCAGCCCCUUCUGUCUACCACCACCACAUUCAGAGCCAGCCCUACGGGAUGCCACCCAUGGACUACAGGGGGGGUGGUUUUAGCAACCAAGGCUUCGGACGCUUCGGCAAGAAACAACGAAUGCCCCGGGGUCGGAGGGGCAUAGGGCAAGCACCUGUAGUUGCUGAUGAAGCCGGUGGACUAUGGUCUUUCAAAUGACCCGCUGACGGAUGUGGCUGACCGGAACAUCAAGAUGCUGGCCACCUGUCUCCUCUUCCUGGUCCGACGGGUGUCCACUCGCCGCGAGUCCCCCAUGCUG